ACCUGGAUCCAUAUGGCGUCUCGUCGCUACGGUUCUCUCUCUCUGUGUUCCCGAUAAAGUGUGUGUGAGCUCCAGCACUACUGAUCCAUUAUCUGUGUGUCUGGAUAAACCUCCGAAUAGACUCUGUGCCCUUUUUUUGGAGCGUUUACCUCGGACUAUAGGAGCUAGCUUAACAUGCUAGCUGGAAACGUUAGCAACACUAGUCAGAUUGAGAGUUUGAUGGAGAGAGAAACGGUGUGUUUAACGGAGUUUGCAGGAAAAGGUGAUCUAGUAAACAUGAGUAAAGUCCAAAUGCUGCUGUCGUUGAAGAAGCGACUCACUGCUGCUGCUGAAGAUAUAUUUGCUCUGUUUGAAAAAACGAUAGCAGAGCACGAGGAGGAGCUGUCUCUUUCCAAAGAGGAGAACGAGAGACUCCAGAAACUACUGGACGCUGUUUUACAGCCUCAGCUUCGGAUACACAGAGCAGACCCACUCCUGGACCCCCUGCAGUUCGCCUACAGAGCCAACAGGUCUGUGGACGACGCUGUCAACAUGGCCCUUCACUUCCUCCUCCAGCACCUGGACACACCAGGAAACUACGCCAGGAUCCUGUUUGUGGACUUCAACACCAUCAUCCCGGCUCUGCUGCAGGACAAGCUCUCCCAGCUGCAUGUGCCCGACUCCACCUGCAGGUGGAUCACAGACUUCCUGUCUUACAGGAAGCAGCACGUGAGGCUGGGGAAACACGUCUCUGACCCCCGGACCAUCAGCACCGGUUCCCCUCAAGGCUGCGUUCUUUCACCUCUGCUCUUCUCUCUGUACACCAACAGCUGCACCUCCAGUCACCAGUCUGUCAAGCUCCUGAAGUUCGCAGACGCCACCACCCUCAUCGGACUCAUCUCUGGUGGGGGGGGAGUCUGCCUACAGGUCGGAGAUGGACCAACUGGUGACUUGGUGUGGGGAAAACCACCUGGAGCUCAACGCCCUAAAAACAGUAGAGAUGGUCCUGGACUUCAGGAAGACUGCAGCCCCACCCACCCCCAUCACUCUGUGUGACUCUCCAGUAACUGCUGUGGAGUCUUUCCGCUUCCUGGGUACCAUCAUCGCCCAGGACCUCAAAUGGGAGCAAAAAGCCCAGCAGAAGAUGUUCUUCCUGAGAACAAAAUUAACUUUUUGAUGUCUUUUAUACAUGAAUAUGUUUGCCCUGUUUCAGAAAAUGCAACCCUCUCUAUUUUCCUCCUUUCCCACAUCUCUAAAAACAAAAUGUGGGGGUGCAAACCAUGGAUAUAUAUAAAGGCUAAAUGGCUCAAGGGGGAGUCGCCAGCGUAGCUCACCGGUGGCCAUCUUGCCACAGUCAACAACUACUGCUACAGCUCUUGUAAGGUUAGUGAUCUUAACUCGCUGAAAUCUUGACUGAUUUACAAACUGUUUGGUUUAUUAUAAACGUUAUUAUCAUGGCUAUGAUACAGGAGACAAUGAGACGUGUUGAACAAAAAAAGUCCAUGAUUAUAAUUAUAAGUAUGCAGUAUCAUGACUACAUCUUUGAUGUUUAUAACAAUCCAAACCGUUUGAAAAUUGGUUGAAAAUUGAGCAAGCUAUGGUUAUUUCAGAAGUGCACCAUAGAAAUAAUGCUAUGAAUAAGCGAGCUGCCUGUGGCAAGAUGGCCGCCAUGUGGCAACGUCGGUCUCCAUUGGCCAGCAGCGCGGGUGAGUCAUCUAGUGUUUAUAUAUAUCUAUGGUGCAAGCGAGCAGAUCCAGGAUUUGGCUCCUAUGACGUCAUUGAUGAAAUGUGGCACACGUGACACGUCCCAAACAAUCGCACACAUAGCAGUGACACUAUAAUUUACAUUUUUUUACUAUGUUCAAUCUGAAUUUACUUUAAAAUAAAAAAAAUCUAUAUUGAUUCUGACUCUUCUACAUCCAACUCACAGGUUUAUCAUUGCUUUGAGAAAAAAGAUUAUUAAUUUACCCCUUUUUAGAAGGGAAGUUAUUGUCAUUUGUUCUGGGAAUGUCAUUUUCGAGCCUGAGACCUGAAAAACAGGCUUGGGGCUUAACAGGUUAAUGGUGAUUAGAUUUUUAAAUGCUAACACUUAACAGUUUGUUCUGACUUUGUGCUUCCUGUAUU